AAGCAAGCCACAACAGAGAAAAGCAAAAUUGAUCAAAAUAGUUGUAGUAUUUGUAUUAUUUUGUUGCAUUCAAAUAAUCCCAGUUCAGUUUUUUGUUUCCAUAAUAAAGGUCAUCGAAAAAAAGUAGGUUACUGAAAAUUAAAUUGUUUGCUAAUAUAUUCGAGACAAGAAGAAACUAAACAAUUCACACGUUUUCAACUAGCCUUGUGUUGAAUAGCAUUCAAAUACCUUAUUAAAAUGGCAUUACUACAUUAAUAUGGUGUUACUUUAUGGAUAAAGAAAAAAUUGAGACUUCAACAGUUGAAGAUAAUAAAAUGGAAGCUGAAGAAAGAAUAACGAGUGCAGAAUCUGAAUCUGAUUCAGAAUUAAAAGAUUCUGCAGAAGAACCAAAGGAACAACCCUGUAUCCUUAGUAAAGAAAAAAUUGAGAUUACAACAAUUGACGACGAUAAAAUGGAAGCUGAAGAAAGAAUAACAACAAGUGUAGAAUCCGGAUCCGAUUUAGAAAUAAAAGAUUUUGCUGAAGAACUGAAAGAAUAUCCUCAUGUACUUGAAUAUAUUGAUAAAUUACACUCGUACAUCAAAAAACAAAAUGAAGAAAUAAAAUUGUUGAAACAAAAUUCACAAGUUCAGGAAGAUGAAAGCGAUAGUUCAAGUAUAAAAUCAAUACCCAUCUCAGCAGAUCAGUCCGAUGAAAUAAUAUUUAUAGGUGAAAUAAAAACUAGUCAAGUUGACAGCACUAAGAGCUUCAUAGAUGAAAUUAAAGAAGCUGCGGAAAUGAGUGUACAACAAACAGGAUUUGUGUAUGAUGAAAAUUCAGGUUUAUAUUACGACCAUAAAACAGGUUAUUACUAUGAUCCCAAAUCUGGACUUUACUAUGAUGGUAAAACUGGAAUUUAUUUUUAUUAUGAUAAUGAAAAAAAAGAGUUCAAGUUUCACAGUCAAAUAGACAUAAGUAAAAAUAAACCUGAUAAAAAAUCGUCAAAAAAGAAGAAUGAUGAAGUUGAUGCAAUUGAUCGUGAAGAUGGUGAGCUUACUGAUAGUGAUUUUGAAAUGGAAGUAUGCGAAGAAGAUACAACAGAUUUACAUUAUGAGGAUGUAGAAAUGGUAAGACACUCAUCAGAAAUUGACCCAUGCAUGAGGAUUAUUGUUACAGAAACAGAUAUACCAAAUUUAAAAAUUGGUUCAUUAUUUAUUGUAUCAUGUAAAGGCGGCUCUAUUGGGAGAGAAGGUGAUCACUCUGUUAUAAUUCCUGAUAUAAAUAUUAGCAAACAUCAUGCUGUGUUUCGAUAUGAUGAAUCUGAAAAGUUGUAUAAUAUUGUUGAUCUUGGUUCGAGAAAUGGGACGAGUCUUAAUGGUAAAAGAUUAUCAGCUGCUAAACAAGAAUCUGAACCUACACAAGUUAUACAUGGAUCGAUAUUGAAAUUAAGUAAAACCAAGUUAUUGUGUCAUAUUCAUAGUGGAUACGACACUUGUGAACAAUGUGAACCUGGACUUAUUCAAUCAGAAAAAGUCACCAAUUCAAUCAUUAAACCAUCAACUAAAACUCUACAUCAGUUGGAGUUAAGACGUUUGAAAAAUAAAUUUGGCAUAAAAGAUGAAGAGUCUGAAUUACCAUCUAAUUCUAAUUAUACAGACAGAGCUCAGAAAAGACGUGAUUGUGUUGGUUCUUCAAGUGAUAGUGUCAAAACUGAACAAAGUUCUGUAGAUAAAUCAAUACCUAAAGAUAAUAUAGGUUUUAAAUUAUUAUCUAAAAUGGGUUGGUCAGAUGGUGAAUCUCUUGGUAAAAACAAUGAUGGUCUAUUAGAACCUGUGCAAGUCAGUCAAAAUGUGGAAAGAGCUGGCUUAGGAGCUGUAAAUAUUCCCAAAAAAAGUACAGAGGUCACUAAAAAAGACAAGAGAAAACAAAAAAUUUUAGAAAAAACUAAAUUUCGCUAUGAACAAAUUCCUGAUCCUCCUCAGUCAAAGCCAGUAGCAUCACAAGAUACUGUCAAAACUGAGCAAAGUUCAUUAGAUGUAUCAAUAUCUAAAGAAAAUAAAGGUUUUAAGUUGUUAUCAAAAAUGGGUUGGUCAGAAGGUACAAGUUUAGGUAAAAAUAAUGAUGGUCUAUUAGAACCUGUACAACUAUGUAAGAACCUUGAAAGGACAGGCUUAGGAGCUGAUAAAACAACUGUAAAGAAAAAGAAAUUUAGUGAAAACAACAAACAUAGAAUUCAAAUUAAUUUUAAAACUGGAAAAUCUGAUUGUGAUUCUAAUGAAUAAUUUCCUUAUCUGUUAUACACAUUUAAUUUUGUAAAUAGUAUCAUGAAUAAGUUGAUUUUGUUUUAUUAAUCAUGCAAUGAAUUGUACAUUUCAGUAAUUAAAUGAAUUUAAUUUUAAUUUAAUUUUGUAAAUAGUAUCAUGUAUAAGUUGA